CGUCUCCUCCGUCAGAGUGUCCGAUGCAUAAAGCAGAAGCGGGUCCGGCUCACCAGGACCGGGCCUACGAGUUUGUGGAGUGUCCCAUGAAAGCCGCAGCCGAGGCGAAUAGUGACAUCGACCCAUCAAACAUGAUGCCUCCUCCAAACCAACUUCCAGCUCCAGACCAGCCUUUCGAACUGUCCAUCUCCAGAGAGGAGUCCACCAUUCCCCGUCACAGCACAGAAAAGAACUGGGUUUACCCAUCUGAGCAGAUGUUCUGGAACGCCAUGCUGCGGAAAGGGUGGCGCUGGAGUGAGGAUGACCUCGCUGCUCAAGAUAUGACCAACAUCAUUAAAAUCCACAAUAAGAAUAACGAGCAGGCCUGGCAGGAGAUCCUGAAAUGGGAGGCCAUGCAUGCAAGAGAAUGUCCAUGUGGGCCCACCUUGAAGAGGUUUGGUGGUAAAGCCAAAGAGUUCUCACCCAGGGCUCGCUUCCGCUACUGGAUGGGCUACGAGCUGCCUUUCGACCGCCAUGACUGGAUCGUUGACCGGUGCGGGAAGGAGGUGCGCUACGUCAUCGACUAUUAUGACGGUGAAAUCAACAAGGACACCUACCAGUUCUCCAUCCUGGAUGUACGGCCCGCCUUCGACUCUUUCAAUGCCGUCUGGGACCGCAUGAAGGUGGCCUGGUGGCGCUGGACCUCCUAAAGGACAUAGACACAUGCAUGCACAUAUAGGUCACCACGUGGAUUCACACACACACACACACACAAACACACAGUACAAAGGACUGUGAAACUCAUUUCAGCUCUUUACAGGAGGUGCAGUGCUGUGGAAACAAGACUCAUGAAGAAAAAGAAAUUAGACUAACUUAGCUUAAGCAGGACAUUGCUCAGUUAGGCUGUGUGAAGCUUCAUCUGCUAAUCCUUUUGAUUUCAGUGGAAAGUAUAAUUUUGGGUUUGCAUUGUGGUCUUUGUCAGACUGGUCACAUGUGGCUCAUAACUGUCUCUGGGGAUCUGUUCACUGCUCACUUCAAAUCCACAUAUUUUACAAAUGAAGCUCUUUAGAACAAACAACAAAUGGUUGUAUAAUGUAUUCUGUGACCCUGGAGGAGCUUUGUCCAGUCUGAGAAAAUAACCCUGAUGACAUCACUGUGACAUCAUCAGGGUUAAAUCAAGUAAUUGUUCUUUGAAAGCAAACAUUUACAUUCAGAAAAGUGCAACACCACAGCAUUUUAAGAGUUGAUCACAAUAUAGCGUACAAUCACUCAAGCUCAUAUGGUUCCUUUGCAGUGAGAAUAUAAUUUAAUCUACAGUCUAUAGGAAUUUAAUGUUUGCCUUUAUUUGAUGGUUGAGAAAGGGACAGGAAGUGCAGGGAGAGCUGGGUUGUUGUGGUAAAAUUUAAAAAAAAAAAUUGUGAGUCUGGUCUGCCCUAUUUUGGUCUCUUUUAGUUUUUCUUUCUAACUGCUGUGUAAAUGACCUUUGAAAAAGCCAGCUAACUGUGGCUUUCAUACGUCCAAAAAAUAUUCCCAGUCAAUAACCUGCAAUGUUAGGAUUGUCCAGGAAGACUGAAGCUUGUUUAGAGGGGUGAUGAUGACUCCAGUGGUAGUUUGGUUGUCCUCACAGUAGACAGUAGCUGUGUUUCCUUCAGCAUAUUUGAUAUAGUAUCGCAUUAGAAAGGUUUGAUGGAAACGGUAAAAUACCAAGAAUGUUUUUGUGCUCGCUUGAGGUGGUUCCUUCCUUUUUUUUUUUUUGAAAGAGUUAAUGCUCUUAAAACAAGAAGGGAACACUACUUCUGACAUAGCAAACAUUUAACUUCAGUGGCUCUAUAAUACAUCCAUGAUCUCUGCACAGGUCUGAUAGAACCUUCCUCACAUUAACACAUGAAACUAACACGAAUGUCAUGUUUCCAUCCUGUUUUUAGUUUUUCUCCCCACAGUUUGAGCUUCCACUGGCACUCUUAGUUAAAUGAUCUUGUUGCGCCCUCUUCCUCUGGUUUUCUGACUGUAGAAUUGGCGCCACCUACAGCUUAUCUCUAUGAACCAACUCCUAAUGAUUACAGUAGUGGAUGGAAACAGGCAUUCACAUUUCAGAUACAUAUGCAUGGAAACACGACUAUUGCCAUGACCUGCUGACUUUCACUAGUCUGUCUGUCUGUACAGUGUGUAUGUGCUUUGAUUGUAAGGAAGCAGUGAGAACCUCCUCCCAUAAUGUCAAUUAUCUGGUGAACAGCUAGUGAUUUUUUGCAGAUGAGAUGGGUUUGACAGAUUACCAUGAUGACUGUGCAAUGGGUUAUGGGAAUGGUAGUCUAAUUCUGGUAGACCUUCAGGAUAUAUAGUUCUAUUUUUUUAAAAAAGGACAAGGAUGGAUAUGAGCCUUGCUAUUAAUCCCUGUAAUUGUCCAAUCCCUGUAACUGUCCACAUUUGCCCUUUCCCUUCUUGUUGUAUUUAGUUAGCCCUUCAGUUGGACGUCAGAUGCAGAUAAUAGUAGCUUGUUUGGAAGGAGUUCACAUACUGUAUCAUCAUGUUGUGCAGCAUACUUCAUAUAUUGUACUACUUUCCUGUUUCAUGAUACAAAUUGCUAAAAGCUCAGUAACCCAGUUAAUCUGAAUUCCUAUCCAUCAGGUAUAUGACAUGUGCUUGGGUUUGCUGUUGCAUUGUUCAUCCGCAGAAUUCUGUGUCAGCUUCAGUAUUUAAUUUUUGUUGUGCUGAUAUUCACACCUUUAUUUAUUGUUUGAUGAAUGAGAGUAGACUUGUGUAUGCAGAACCUUCAUGAUUUUGUUCCCAGAAAGUGUUCUUGUAUCUAAAAAUGAUUUUACUAGCUCUGGUGGUCAACUAAACUAUCAAUAAAGCUGGUCCUCUUAACAAUA